GCACCAGAAGCAUAAAACGACCAGCAGGUGCCCCUCACAGCACUGAACUUCCAGAGAAAGGACGAACCAAACAUGAGGGCCCUGGGAGCUGUCGUCACCCUCCUGCUCUGCGGGCAGCUCUUGGCAGUGGACUUGGGCAAUGAGGCCACGGAUACUACAGAUGACAGCUGUCCCAAACCCCCCGAGAUUGCAAAUGGCUUCGUGGAACACAUGGUUUGCUAUCAGUGUAAGGCAAAUUACAAACUGCGCACGGAAGGAGACGGAGUGUAUACUUUAAACAGUGAGAAGCAGUGGAUCAAUAAAGCCGUUGGAGAGAAACUUCCUGAAUGUGAAGCAGUCUGCGGAAAGCCUAAGAAUCCAGUGGAUCAAGUGCAACGGAUCUUUGGUGGAUCAGUGGAUGCCAAAGGCAGCUUUCCCUGGCAGGCUAAGAUGAUAUCCCGCAAUAAUCUCACCUCAGGGGCCACGCUGAUCAGUGAACAGUGGCUGUUGACCACUGCUAAAAAUCUUUUCCUGGGCCAUGAAGAUACUGCAAACGCAAAGGACAUUGCCCCUACUUUAAAACUCUAUGUGGGGAGAAAGCAGCUGGUGGAGAUUGAGAAAGUCGUUUUCUAUCCUAACUACUCUGAGGUAGACAUUGGGCUCAUCAAACUCAAACAGAAGGUGCCUGUUGAUGAGAGAGUGAUGCCCAUUUGCCUAUCUUCAAAGAAUUAUGUGGAAGUGGGGCGUGUGGGUUAUGUGUCUGGCUGGGGGCGAAACAGCAACUUUAACUUUACUCAACUACUGAAGUAUGUCAUGCUGCCUGUUGCUGACCAAGACAAGUGUGUGAAAUACUACGAAGGCAGCACGGUACCUGAAAAGAAGACACCAAAGAGCCCUGUGGGGGUUCAGCCCAUACUGAAUGAACACACCUUCUGUGCCGGCAUGUCCAAGUACCAAGAAGACACCUGCUAUGGCGAUGCUGGCAGCGCCUUUGUCAUUCACGACCAGGAUGACAACACCUGGUAUGCAGCUGGGAUCCUGAGCUUUGACAAGAGCUGUACUGUGGCCGAGUACGGUGUGUAUGUGAAGGUGUCCUCCAUCCUGGACUGGGUUGAGAAAACCAUAGCCAAUAACUAACAUAGGGGUAUCAGGAAACUCCUGCCUGAAAGCAAGGAUUCACUCUGGAGGAGGCAAACGGGAUGGGGUGGAUGGGGUAAAAUAUGGCCUGAAGCUGGAGGAAGCCAGCCCAGUCUUGCUGAGUCAAUCAAUAAAGAGCUUUCUUUUGACUCA